AUGAGCAGGAGGCAGCAGCAAGCGCUAGGACAGGAGCCGCAUCUCUCAGGAGAAACGCGUAGAACGGAUUGAUCCAGCCCCACGCCUCUGCUCCUCUGUCUUCUCCUUUUUUUUCUUUACCCUCAGCUUUUUUUAAAUUCAUUUAUUUAUUUAUUUUUUGCUCAGAUGUGAGCUGCUAGCCUGGCGCAUCCAGCAUGCCAGCAAUGGGUGGAUUAACUGAUACACGUCUGAGAGCUCCAAGGAGGAGGAGGAAGAGUUGCUUGCAGGAAUCGGCAGCAACAGGUCUGUAAGGAUGGCAUGGAAAUGAUGGUGACAUGCAGGCUUCGAAACGCCUGAUCCCAUCUGUGAAGAGAUGAGGCACCUAGACGUGGGCUUACCAUGAGCAGCGUCCACUUCAACCACUCCCUUGCUGCCAUGAGUGGAAACGACAUAAUGGCGCACUCUCUGACUCUGGAGCAGAAGACGGCAUUUGCCUUCGUGGGGAUGCUGCUGGUGUUCUUGGGACUGCUGAUAAUACGCUGCUUCAGGAUCCUGCUGGACCCCUACAGCAGCAUGCCCUCCUCCAACUGGGCCGAUGGCAUCGAGGGGCUGGAGAAAGGGACGUUCGAGUACGCCCUCACCUAACGAUGGGACAAGAAUACACACAAAUUACGAGAAAAGAUGCCCAAGCCUACACAACCACCGCUCCCGACACUCCCAUUAAGACACCCCCAAGUGAUGAACCAAGCUCAAGCUGCGA